AUGGGUAACGGCGUUACUGUGGUUGACCAUUACAAGGGAGCAGAACUGGAGCAGCAUCGUAAACUUAGGGAACAAUCUUAUGGAAGUGUGUACUCGCGUUCGGUGUGGAAGGCUACGUACUUGCGGCGAUGCAGAAUAGCGGCUAAUUGGCGACGUUUACCUAUCGGAGGGAGCAUGGUAUUGAGAGGUCAUGAAGAGCACGUGAUUACUUGUCUACAGAUCCAAGGAGAUAUGCUUGUAACUGGCUCCGAUGAUAAUACGCUGAGGGUUUGGAGUAUCGAACAAGGCAAGCUACUAUUCACGCUCGUUGGUCAUACUGGAGGAGUCUGGACGUCUCAGCUGUCGACAGACGGCAAGUACAUCAUUAGCGGCUCCACAGAUCGUACCGUGAAGGUAUGGUCAGCGAAGGAUGGCUCGUUGAUUCACACUCUUCACGGGCAUACAAGUACAGUUCGAUGCAUGAGCCUUUGCCGGAACAUGUGGGCUUUGUUUGGCUACAGUUGA